AUGAGAGCGCUUCAGCGGAGAUUUGAACACACGCUCCUGCUGUCAUCACGGAUGGAGCGAUAGAGGAGCGCGGUUCUCCAUCACUGACGGGAGGCGCGUCCACCUGCUCUCUGACGGAGGCCCGGGAUGCGCGAGAAAACAUGCUCAAGUGCCUCUGAUCACGGAAAUUGUUUCCACAUACGAGCUCUUUUGUGGCGUUAAAAGCUCUCGGCGUUUAGAAAUAGGCACUGAUCUGGCCGCGUAAGGAACGGGCAGGAGGGAUAUAAUGAAGCAACACUCGAGCAGGACAGACUCCCAUUGAUGGACAGCAAACAAGCCCGGAUCAUCUCACAGGCUUUGGGCUCAACAGAAACCAAUCAACUGGACCAGACGGGUUUACAUAAUCUGAAGAGUAAUCUAAAGCUGUAUGUGGCCACAAAGCUGAAUGGUGUCGCAGAUGCUGCCUUACACACAUCCUCCAGAGCUGCUGCAGUGAGCACAAAGAGAGACGAUUUGCUCUGCCUCAGUGCUAAAUUGGCCUUAAAGAAGCACCACUUACCACGGCCACUGUCAACACAAACUCCUUAAGAGUAUCACCCGACUGAUGAGUCUUCAAACUACACGAUAUCCCUCACACCCUGUGCUACCAAGGGCUUGAGCCCCCUGGGCCUUACCAAGAAAAACACAACCAGUGCCAUUUCACUAUGAUCGAACCUGCGAGCAUUCCUGGGCUCACACAGGACUGUUUGAUUCAGCAGAGUCACACCUGUCCCAGCUGCUUCAUUGAGACCAAGGAUAUGUCCAAUGUAGAGGCCAGCAUCAACCUCAAAAUGGCUGACAUGAGCCGAGACUACAGCACCUGCCCCAUCUCUGAUAUUAACAUGCAAUGCAUGAGCACAAGUGAGACGGGAAGUUACGGAGACCAGCUCCUCUCAGAUCAGCUUUUGAGCUUUCCUGUCCCCAAAACUCAACUAGUUGAGAAGAAGGACACGGAGAAAACAGACUUAGAUGAUUCGGCCUCCAAAAACCUGUACGAGGGCCUGCUGUUAGACAAGUGCAACGGAGAGGAUGGUUUGCUUAUUAAUUCAAAUCAGGACUGGGGCUACUUCGAGUCCUUCAUUAGCGAGAGUAAGAUAGAAUUGCUGGAUCUCUGCUCCAAGAAUGAGCUCUCCGUAAAUCUAUUCUCUGAGGAGGACGUGGACAAUUACAUGUUUGAUGACGAUGAUGACUCCACUCUGAGCAGUGAUGUGUGCUCGUUAAAGAUCCGCUACGAGUCCUUCCAGGACAACAUGAGGGAGAAAACCAAUGUUCUCCAAGAAGAAACCCAGUUCAACUUUUUCCCAAGCGUCCUGGUGAAUUGUACCAAGAAAGAGGCUGGUGUGGUAAAGCGAGUCGCAGAUGAGCUACCACCUAAAUCAGAGGAGCUCGGAUUUCAAAGUGACAGCAAAGGGGAUGGAAAUGACUGCUCCGUAGAGCAGACACCUGAUUACAGCCCCAAAAUAAACUACAUUAUUGAUUCAAGCAACUCUGCUGAUGACUCAGGGGAGCAUAGUGAUGACAGCUCCUCCACCGUUUCCUCUUUUGACACUUUCCAAGACAACAGGCCCAAACACUUGUUCUCACGUAAGAACGCAAGCUGCUCCAACCAUAUGAACUACGGAUUGCGGGAUAAGAGAAAAGUUAGGUAUAGUGAUGACUACUUGUAUUAUGUCGAGUCCACCGAAGGAGAAAGAAAUGUUGAAAAGCGAGAGAAACCACCGAUUGGUCCAAAGCAAGAAAAGGAUCUUGACUGGUGCCCUAAAAAGAGACAAAAAUACUCUCGCAAGGAUCCACCUGUAAUAAUCAAAUACAUUAUCGUCAACAGGUUCAAAGGAGAGAAAUGCAUGGCUGUGAAGCUGGGCAGAAUUGAUUCAGAUGACACGACUGUAAGCUUAAAUGAGGAUACAAUCAACAAAUAUGAGAAGCUCGCACCUCUGAAAGAUUUCUGGCAGGAGAAACAGAGAGAAAGAGAGGAACAGCUUAAGCUGGCAGCAGGAGAUAAACACAAUUCUCACCACCAUGCCUUUAGUUCCAGUCCCCCCAAAAGGAAACACAAGCUAGCACACAGGCUCAGAAUUCGGAGAAUUCAAACUGUGGAGCAAUCACCCAACAAGCAGGGCCCCUUUGCCUCUGAUCCCAGGCAGGAGGUUGCUUCUACAGAUGAAGCUGCCUCCAUGGGAAUGCCAUUAACAAUAGCCACCAGCUGUGCAAGCACAUUAGACCCAAAUGACAUCAUACACAGUGCAGCCCGGAAGAGCAGAUCACAAGAGAGGGAGGAAAGGAGAAUAGGGAAUAAAAUAUUCAGAAUACAGAAAUUCAGAAGUGAAGCCAGACUUAAGAGCAAGAAAAUGAGAGACCUUGUGGAGAAUAGCGAGAGCGUGACAGACCUGACAGAAGUUUGCUCGCUACAGAAAAAUAUGGACGCAGUAGGAGGUGCUGAAGAUGAAAACGUCAGCCCAGCUGCACACAGUCCCCGUUUGUGUGAGAGUCAAACGGCUAAUGCCACUGAAAAAUUAGUUUUCGUGUCUAGCACCUGCUCCCCUAACAAAGAUGCAUCGUCUGAGAAUGUGGCCCCAAGUGUUUCCGUUAUCCCGGGUGGCUACCUGCAAACAUUGUUAGAUGCCUCUGACUCUUCAGGUAGCACCGGUAUCCAGUUUUUCCCCCAGCAGACCCAACACUCGUUGGACCUCUCUUUGGAAAAGCAGCAGUUCACCUCAAUUCAGCUAGCGCAAAGCUGUGUCCUUUCUCCCCCAUCAGAAUCAGAGCUCCAGCAGUCGCCCCAGAAUUGUCCGACUCUCACCCAGAUGUGGCACCCCCAGCUUGGUCCCAACCAGCAGUUCGCCGCUGCAGAUAUUGCUGAGUCUGCGAUCCAGCCCAGCAGCUUCACUGGAGAGAUGGCUAUGCCGUUGUCUGAGAGUCUGACCAUGUCAGGCUACAGCCAGCUGAGUCUGGAGAGCAACAGAAUGCUUUAUGAAAAGAAUUACAUGCCUGAGCAGCCUUUGCGUCCUGACGCUGAGUUUCAGGCUUGUCAGGGGCAGCCACAGUUUCAAAGAGCCACACUGCACACCGACAACGGCCGGCUCAUCAGUUUCGACUCAGUUGGCUCGCUGUCAGCUACUUCUAGCAAUUACAGCUCUCAGAGUCUUAAGUCCUGCGAGAAGGAUGGCGAGGAUGAUGUGAACGAGAACUUUCUGGCCCACUGCAGUCCCAAACUGGUGAUUCAGCAGAGUAUUGAUGCAAUCACACCCCUGAGGGAGUCUACAGACUUGCUGGAUAUCUCCAACUUCACUCCGGAUAAAUUCAGACACACAUCAUUGUCAGAGCUCUCUCCCCCAGAGACGCCUAAUUUAUCCCCUCAAGUUAUGGGCCGUGAGAUGAAAAUAGCUGGGAAGGCUGCUGACCUCCAGGUUGGGGCUAAGAUGCCAUGCACCAAAGAUGUGGACUGGAACUGCAAAAUGAUCGAGCAGCAAGAUAUGGCUAGAUAUUCAGUAGAUGGGCACAAUUUUCAAUUGCACAUUUUUAACGGCGAAGACAACUUAAGCCUGAGGACAAAAGAGGAAAAUCUAGCUGACUUUGGUGGUAAUAUGAUGAGUGCAAUCAAGGGGACUAAGUCAAAGAGGAAAAAUAGCAACAAACAAACUGCAGGGCAGGGUACCAAAAAAAGCAAAGCACCAAGAGCUCCUAAAACAGAGAAGGGCAAAAUUCCACGUCAGACUUCACGAGCAUCUAAAAAGUUAAAGGCCUUACUGGAUGAGAAAGGUGGUAAACGCCAGACUGAGAGCAUUGCUCAUUUGCUGAAGGACAGCGGAUCUGAGGAAUGGACGGGAAUAGGUAGUUCAGAGAGCAAAAGUCAAGUCCACGAUGACCAGCGAGAGUUUGAAGAGCCAUCCAACAUCUUGUCAAAUAUUGUCUCAGGGAUGGCCGAAGUACAGAGAUUCAUGAUGGCCUCUGUUGAGCCAAUAUGGGGCCCUACAGCAAAUAUCUGCCUGCCCUCAGAGGCUAACAACCUUAAGUUAAAGACUCUCAAAAUCCUAGCAGGAACUUCAUCCGACCCCAAGAAGAAAGGCAAUUCGGCUACUGGGGGCACAAAGGGCAGAAAAGGUGGGACGAAAGGUGGCAAAAAGCAGGCAAAGUUCAAUGCCUCCUUGCCUUUUUUCCCUCAGUUGGCUUUGGGCGGCAACAUGUUUGACAAGCCUAACCUUGGCGUUCCUGGUAUAAAUGGGCCAGCGCACAAAAAGAUGUACCGUCACAAAACCAGUGCAAAAUUCCCUCAGAUUGAAAAUCUAAAGGGCACACGACCUGAACGAGAGACAAAUGAGGACAUAUCGUUAAUGGCAUCUUUUGAGAAACUGAGGUAAUAUUUUAUAUCUAGCUGCUGAUGCACGUUCUUCACUUUCCCACUUCCUCCUCAUUUCUUGACAUACCUACACUGACUCAAGACGAGAGAUGCAUGGAAUUAUGUUAUUCUUUACUUACCCCCUCCUUGUUUUUGCCCCCGAAGAGGAUAUUGAUAUCUUGCAUGAGAAACUUCUUGUACUCGCAAACUACCUAUUGAUUGAUUGUGCAAGGCUUGAUUGAGAUUUUAAAUGACCAUGGCUGCAUUUUUCUUCUGCAUUCUUGUUUUUGCUGUUUUUUUCCUCGCAGUUGUUGAUUAGUUUUUGUCUGAAGAAAAGGAAAAAAAAACUUUAAGUGCAAAUUCUGUUUUUGGACCUUGUUUUGUUCAUUUCUCAGUGAAUCUUGCUGCCCUUAUGUAAUUAUAUUUCUCUUUUCAACAUGUAGCUAUUAUAAAAUGUCCGUGUGUGAAACAAGCUCCCCAAUUGAUUAUGUAUGCUGAAACAGAUGCCCUCCUCUCUUUUUACCCUUUUACUGCCUGACUUUUUUUAAGUGUGAAAUGCUCAGCCCCUUGUCUAGGAUAACAACAUCCUUGGUCAAUCCCUAAACAUUAACAGCACACAAUGGGACCAUUUUUUAUUGAAGACAUAUCAGAUUAAUGUUGUUCUA